AUGGUUUCUAUUCAGCUAGUCAAUCAGUCCAAUGCCCUCAUUGCAUCUCUGCCCAAGGGCCUGGUAGCAGUCUUCAUCGGCGCAACAUCAGGUAUUGGCAAAAGCACCCUCCACCACCUCGCCCAACACGCUCAAUCCCCACGCAUCUACUCCAUCGCCCGCCCUCAAACCGUCGCAUCGCACGAGUUCUUCCUCGCCUUGCUGCGCGCAAACACAAAUCCAGACGACAGCUACACCAUCCUCCCCGCAGACCACGCCCUCGUAUCUGACAUCGACGCCGCCAUGGACACCAUCCUCCAGAACGAAACAAAAGUCGACAUCCUCUUCCUCUCCGCCGGCUUCAUCGCCUUUGAAGGACGCCAGGAUACUAUAGAAGGCUUGGACCCAUCCAUGUCGACGCGGUACUACAGCCGCCUCCGCGCCGUACAAAAGCUCCUCCCUCUCCUCAACAACGCGCCUCGCCCGCGAGUCGUCUCGGUACUAGCGGCGGGACUGGAAGGUCCCAUGGUCGACGAGGACGAUCUCGACCUCCGUCGGCCGGGGAACUGGGGGUUCUGGCCUGCUUCGGUGCAGGCUACUACCAUGGGCACACUCGCACUCGAGGUAUUGGCGAGGGAGAACCCCGGUGUGAGUUUCGUGCAUUCUAUGCCUGGCAUGGUGGCGACGCCUGGUUUGGAAAGGGCGAGGCGGUUUGGAGCGGUUGGUGCGGGUGGGGAGAUGAGUGUUGAGGAGGCGGGUGCAAGGGGGUUAUAUUUGGUCACGAGUGAUUUGUAUGAUUCUCAGGGACGGGAGGGAGUUGUGAGGGUUCCUGGAGGGGUUGAAUGUGUGAAGAAGUCCGGAGGUGGGAUCUUUCUGGUUGGUCCGCAGGGGGAGAGGGUUGACAAUGAGGAGGUUUUGGGGGAUAUGAGAGAGCGAGGGUUGGAUGAGAGGGUGUGGAGGUUCACUCAGGAGUUGUUUGAUGAUUGUCUGGAACGGAAAUGA